CAGAGCUGCAGUUGAGAAAAGUCUCUCUGUUUCUCUCUAAAGAAACAUUCAACUGAAUCCAGUAGUUUUUUCUCAAAAACAAACACUGAGUGUCAGUAUGUCUGCUGACAGCUGUCUGUGGACUGAAGAUCAGUUUCUGUGCUCCAUCUGCCUGGAUGUGUUCACUGAUCCAAUUACAAUACCAUGUGGACACAACUUCUGUAAAACCUGCAUCACUGAACACUGGAAAAUCAAUGUCCCCUACCAGUGUCCUAACUGCAAAGAUGUUUUCUUAUCCAGACCAAAGCUGCGGAUCAACACUUUCAUCUCUGCGAUGGCUGCUCAGUUCAAACAGUCAGCUCAACAAAAAGCCAGCAGCAGAAGCUCAGAGCAACAAGUUGCCAAACCAGGAGAAGUCCCCUGUGACAUUUGCACUGGAACCAAACUGAAGGCCCUGAAGUCCUGCCUGGUGUGUCUGGUAUCCUACUGUGAGACUCACCUUGAGCCUCAUCUGACAGUGUCAGGCCUGAAAAGACAUCAGCUGAUUGACCCUUUGGAGAACCUGGAGGGCAGGAUGUGUACGAAGCACGAUAAACUUCUAGAGCUGUUCUGUAAGACUGACCAGAUGUGUGUCUGCAUGCUCUGCACCUAUUCAGACCACAAGACACAUGAUGUUGUUCCUCUGGAAGAGGAAUAUGAAGAAAAGAAGGCCGAGCUGGGGAAGACAGAUGCUGAAAUUCAGCAGAUGAUCAAGAAGAGACAACUGAAGAUUGAGGAGAUCAAACACUCACUGGAGCUCAGUAGGGAAGAUGCGGACGGAGAUAUUGCAGAUGGUGUUCAGUUCUUCACAGCUCUGAAGGAGUCGGUUGAGAAAAGCCAGGCCAAGCUCAUCGCCACGAUCAAAGAGAAGCAGAGAAAGACGGAGAAACAGGCUGAGGGCUUCAUCAAAGAGCUGGAACAGGAAAUCUCUGAGCUGAAAAAUAGAAGCACUGAGGUGGAGCAGCUCUCAUGCUCUGAAGACCACCUCAACCUCCUCCAAAGCUUCACAUCCCUAAACGCUUCUCCUCCCACCAAAGACUGGACAGAGGUCAGCGUCCGUCCACGUUCAUAUGAGGGAACUGUGGUUAGAGCUGUGCAUCAGCUGGAGGAGACGCUCAGUAAGCAGAUGAAGAAGCUGUUUGAGGCCGAGCUGAAGAGGGUCCAGCAGUAUGCAGUAGAUGUGACUCUUGAUCCUGAUACUGCAAAUCCUGAACUCAUCCUGUCUGAUGAUGGAAAACAAGUACACGAUAACGAUGUGGGGAUGGUAAUGACUCUUGCAGACAAUCCAAAGAGAUUUUCUUCUUGCACUUGUGUUUUAGGAAAGCAGAGUUUCUCCUCAGGAAGAUUUUAUUACGAGGUUCAAGUUAAGGGGAAAACUGACUGGGAUUUAGGAGUGGUCAGAGAGUCAGUGAACAGAAAGGGACAAAUCACAUUGACUCCUGAGAAUGGUUACUGGACAAUAUGGCUGCGGAAUGAAAAUGAGUACAAAGCUCUUGCUGAACCCUCAGUCGUUCUCUCUUUGAAGUCCCAGCCUCAGAAGGUGGGGGUGUUUGUGGAUUACGAGGAGGGUUUGGUCUCGUUUUAUGACGUUGAUGCUGCAGCUCUCAUCUACUACUUUACCGGCUGCUCCUUCACUGAGAAACUUUACCCGUACCUUGGUCCAUUUCUUAAUAAUGGUGGUAAAAACUCUGCCCCUCUGAUCAUCUCUCCUGUCAGUCACACAGAGUAGAACACCCGUGUAAUUUUCUAUGGGAAGAUUUAUUAUAAUUUUUUGUAAUAAAUGUACAUUAUUUGUGUCCUGCUGGAAAAAAAACAACUAAAACCCAGCUUAUGCUGGCAGCUGCAGUCCCAAGGUUGAAACCUGCUACUGCAACCCCCCUCCCAGCCCUCACACUUCAGGGAAGAGGCACUCAAGCAAAAAAUGGGGGGUGGGGGUUGUUACUUUUAACAA